AUGUCCCUAAUAACAGUAUCGUCAUCACCACCGCGACCACAGCGACCACCACGACGGCGUCAAAAGGCCCCCAAGCGGCCUACCGUCCAGAGGCCUGAUGUGGCGGCUCCCGCACCCCGAUAUGGGGACUGCAUCACUCUGAGCCCCUCAUCAGCCAUGAGCUCAACACCACAGCCCGUAGUCCCGGAGGAACUUUCUACACCAGCGUCUACCCAGCAGAAAGGUCGCGCGGCCAGGUUCUUGGGACCCAGCAGCCUCUACCGACCUCGGGCCAAGAGAGCGAUGGGCGACGAUGCAGAAAUGCCCAAUGCCAAAAGGGCUCGGCCUGACCUGCAGGUACCAACACCAACCCCAUUGGCUUUGCAGAACCAGACCGUCGUGUCGCCCGACGGAGAGGUAAUCUUGUCCCCAAUCACCGCAAGGAAACGGUCGCGAAUGCCAACAUCCUUUGGCGCUCGACGGGGUAACCCAGCGCCGCCUGAACCUGAGGCUCCCGCGCAAUCAAGGCGACCGAUCGAUACCCGCCCCCCACCACCAGCACCAGCACCAGUGCCAGAGGAGCAGAGCCCUGCUUCUCCCAACCCAUUUCAGCUUCCGGAAGAGAAAGGAGAGGUCAAUCGGGGCAGGAAGGACUCGCAAAUCCAGGAAUGGCUGAAGAGGGUGAAGACGGUGAAGAGAGUGAAGAGGGCGAACACUCAAUUGACACCUCCAACUAGUGUAUCAUCUUGCAGCCUUGACCGUGCUACUCCCGCCCAGCCGACUAUUCAGCCAUCACCUACCUGUAGAGUCCCUGCCGAGAGACCCAAGAAGGUAGAAGUGGUUUCGAUCAGCUCUGAUUCGUCAUCUGAACCACCAUCUGAAGUCAUGUCGGAGCACCACAGCGUCCAUUCACAUGUGUCUGCGUCGAAGUCCACCUCGAAGAAGCAAGGGUCUGAAUAUGAGUCUGCCCAUGAACUUCUGUCCACGCACGAAGCAGCCCAUGUCGAGGACGACAUCGUUGAGACGCACGAAGCAGCCCAUGUCGAGGACGGCAACGUUGAGACGCACGAAGCAGCCCAUGUCGUCCUCGACAACGUUGACACGCACGAAGUAGCCCAUGUCGAGGACGGCAACGUUGAGGAGACGGCCAAGGCCAAUGGCCCCAAGUCCGGUUCCCCCGAACUCAAUAAGGACGAAGGGACGACCCCAAGGCGUCGGGUGGCGCUUGACAUCUUGGCGUCAAUCUUCUAA